AUGCGUGCUGGAGGUGAAGUCCGCUGCAUCUCCGCUUUCGGUAAUCGGCAGCCGGCAUCGGGAGAUUCGGGGGCAGAUGUCACCGUUACGAUUCUUGAACCGUCCCGAUCUCUAUCACGACUCAAUAUCAAGAUGCGCGCGUCAAACUCUCUUGUUGCGGCCUUCGCAUGCCUGGCUCAGAUCGGGAUUGCCGAAGCAGCUUUGUCUUUCACCCAAUGGCCCUCGGUCAUUCAUGCUGGCCAGCCUACCACUCUGAAGUGGCAGACGGACUCGGAUGCUCCCGUGACCGUCACACUGCGGAAGGGCAAUUCUCAGAACUUGGACACCGUCCAGACCCUGGCAAGCAAUGCCCAGGGAGGCUCCUUCACCUGGACUCCGGACUCCACAAUAGAGAACGGCGACGACUAUGCCUUCCAGAUCCAGCAGAACGGCUAUGUGAACUACUCGGGGCUUUUACAGGUCACCGAUGGGUCCCCAGCUACCCCAGCUACCGAGGCUGCGUCCACCCCAGUCCUCAAACCCAGCCCAACAACGCUGGUAGCCUCGGUUGUCCCUCCAGCUCCUAACCCUGCAACCCCGACCGCAACUGCAUACCCCACCGACACAGCCCCUCACGACGAGAUGCAGACAGUCCAGAAGGGCAAUGAUGGCCAGACUUUCACCGUCAAUGCCGCUAACGACCCCAGUGCGAACGCAGCCGGAGCCGCCAACAGCAAGACUGCUAUGGCUGCCUAUAUGCAGAGUGGUGCUGCCUCUGUUCGCGCGACGGGAAUGGGCUUCGUGUUGGGUGCUCUCGCCAUGGUGGUUUACCUCGUCUAGUAGACUUGAACGAACUUCCCGGUGGAGCUUGGCAGACAUUGAACUUUGUCUUACUUGGUUGUCAGGACUUGUUCGUGUGUGCCUAGGUUGAUUGUUCUUCUUCAGAUCAACUCGCAUGAGACCGAGCGGUGCUGGGAUUGCUCUGGGCGACAGGCGUUGGUUGAGGUUUUCAUUUUUGCUUCUCUUUCCCUUCUG